UGCCUCUCUCUCUUCAUUCCAGAGACUGCCCAGAAGGAAAUGGCACCAGGGAACCAUUCCACCAUGACGGAGUUCAUCCUUGCUGGGUUAAUCGACAAAUCAAAUCUUCAGCUUCCCUUCUUCUUCCUCUUCCUUGGAAUCUACGUGGUCACAGUGGUGGGGAAUCUGGGCAUGCUCAUCCUGAUUGGACUCAGUUCUCACUUGCACACCCCCAUGUACUAUUUCCUCAGCAGUUUGUCCUUCAUUGACCUCUGCCAUUCCACUGUUAUCACCCCCAAAAUGCUAGUGAACUUUGUGACAGAGAAGAACAUCAUCUCCUACCCUGAGUGUAUAACUCAGCUCUUUUUCUUCCUAAUGUUUGCUAUUGCAGAGUGCCACAUGCUAGCUGCAAUGGCAUAUGAUCGCUAUGUUGCCAUCUGUAGCCCCUUGCUUUAUUAUACCAUUAUGUCCCCCAAAGCCUGUUUCUAUCUGAUUUUGGGGGUGUAUCUUAUAGGCCUGAUUUGUGCAUCAGCUCACACAGGCUGCAUAUUUAAGGUUCAUUUCUGCAAAUUUGAUGUGAUCAAUCAUUAUUUCUGUGAUCUCCUUUCCCUCUUAAGCCUCUCAUGCUCUAGUACUGAUGUUAAUGAAUUAUUGAUUCUAAUCUUUAGUGCAUUUAACAUUCUUGCCCCUAGCUUGACCAUCCUUGGCUCAUAUAUCUUUAUUGUUGCCAGCAUUCUCCGUAUUCGCUCCUCUGAAGGCAGAUCCAAAGCCUUCAGCACAUGUAGUUCCCACAUUUCAGCUGUUUCAAUCUUCUAUGGUUCUGCAGCCUUCAUGUACCUGCAACCAGCAUCACUUAGCAACAUGGACCAAGGCAAAGUGUCCUCCGUGUUUUACACCAUUGUUGUACCAAUGCUGAACCCUCUGAUCUACAGCCUGAGGAAUAAGGAUGUGAAUUUUGCCCUGAAGAAAAUGUUAGUGAAAAGAACAUUGUUAGGAUGA